AUGGCAGGUUGGUGCAACAAGCACAGUGCCAGAGAUUUCUCCACAAAUGAUAAGAUUGCCAAUGGCCGUCGAGGGUAUCGGCAAACGGAGUUGAAGCCUAGUACUUCCCUGAAGGACAACGAUGCAAUCAUCGAUCGCAUACAAAAGAGCACAAGGGGGUUGAAACAAGGGCCGGUUGGCCACACCCUUUCAUCAGCAGAGAAAAGGAAAUUUCUUAUCAACACUCUACUUGAUCUUGAAGAUUCAAAAGAAGCUGUUUACAGCACCCUUGAUGCUUGGAUCGCCUUUGAGCAGGACUUCCCACUAGCCUCGUUAAAGCAAGCAAUUGUAGCCCUUGAAAAGGAGGAGCAAUGGCAUAGGAUUGUCCAAGUAAUUAAAUGGAUGUUGAGCAAAGGGCAAGGAAAUACGAUCAGAACAUACGAGCAGUUAGUGCGUGCACUCGAGAAGGACAACAGAGCUGAGGAAGCACAUAAAAUCUGGGUGAAGAAAAUAGCCCACGACCUGCAUUCAGUUCCUUGGCGUUUCUGCGGUCUUAUGUUGGCUAUUUACUACAGAAACAAUAUGCUAGAUAGGCUUAUCAAGCUCUUCCACACUCUUGAAGCAUGUGGUCGUAAAUGUCCUAGUAAAGAAUAUGUACGGAAAGUUGAAGUUGCAUAUGAAAUGCUUGGUCGAUUAGAGGAGAAGAAUGGUUUGCUUGAGAAGUACAAGGAUUUGUACAACAAGCCAUCGGAUAGUGAUAGGAAGAAAGGUCGACAAUUCAAGAAGGCUGAGAAGAAAUCUGCUGAGGGCAUGGAACAAUGCGAGGAAACAUAUGAAGAUCAACCGGUUAAGACUUGCACUUCAGAUAAGGAACCGGCUGCCAGCAGUUAGUCAAGAUACAAAAUGCAAUACUGGUGGCGUAGUUGGAAUUAGACAAGGAACUGAUGCAGCGGAUAGCCUAAUACUACUAACACUUCUGUACAACCGAUAUUCCGCUCCUAAUUGGAAGACAGCGCGGCGCAACACCUUCUUGUUUCUUAAAUAUCUGGCAUGAGGUUCUGAUUUACUUUGUGCUGCAUAGGAUAAGUAUUUGACAAGUGUUCGGCUGAAAAUUAUCAUAUCUGAAUAUUCUAACGAGUGGAUGUUUAGUGCUUGUUUAUUAGUCGAAAAAGGGCCUACAGUGAAAGACUUGUACUUGUGCAUCCAUCAUAAUUCGUACGCAGUUGUAACGUGG